GCAUGCGCGAGGUCAGCGAGUAUCUCUCUUUCGCUUCCUCUUUCUUUGUUUACAUUCUGUCUCGUUCGCUCUUUCAGCAUUUGAAUGGUCAUAAACAUUUUUGGCGGUUAGAAGUUAUUAAAGUGAUAAGGUGAUAUAUUAAAGUGAUAAAGUGAUCCAGAAUAGUGUUAUAUAGUGAAAGUAAAGUGCAAAAAAAAUUAUAAAGAAAUAGUGAAAUUUGAUUGAAGCAUUAUCCUAAGAGAAAAUAGUUAACCUAUAUAAAUAUUUAUAUAGAUUUUCUAUUUUUUUAUAGGAAACUGCACUUUGAUCUUGGCUUUUUGUUUCAGAUAUUCCUGUUAUUGGCUUUUAAUUUUGGUGACAAACUGAAAAAUGAAUAAAAAAGGAAAACAGUGGUGUGCUGUGCCGAAAUGUAUGAGUACUGUCGCUGUGGAAAAACGACACUUCUUUAGAUUUCCAAAGGAACAUGACAGAUGGCUGCAAUGGAUUAAAGCAACCAAUAGACUAGAUUUGGAACAAAAAGGUCCAAAUUAUGCUUACAAUAAUUGUACAAUAUGUCAUCUGCAUUUUGAGGAAAAAUGAUUUAUAAAAAAGACCACACUCCGUUUACAUCCAGAUGCUGUACAAACCAUAUUUUU